UAGUUAGCAAAUCGAAAUGACAACUUAUUGAAUAAAAUUUAUAAAAUUUACAUUUACUUAUUAUAUUUUGUGUGGGUACUUAAAAAGAACUACAACAAAGAAAAGGCGAAAAAUUAAAGAUGCCGCCAACACCAAACGCAAAGAAGAUCGUCGCAUCAACACCUAAAAAACGCGCCAAAUCUAGUUCUCAACGUGUUGACGCUGACGACGAUUUAGAAGAAUGGAAAAAAUCAAAACAAUUACUAAAACCGAAAGAUCAAGUACAACUUGAAGAUGUCGAGCUGAAAGAAAUCGUCCCAAGAAUAUUAAUGACAAAAAAUUUUCUACAACCUGAUGGCUUGGUCGAAUAUAAUUACCUUACUGGAGAAUUUACGCCUAUACCAAAUCCGGGAAAUAUGGUUGUGGUUUAUGAAACAAAAGGAACCUAUAUACUUCUGAACUCUGAUGAAGCGCGAGCGCAGUUGAUAGCUUUAGGAAUUGAUCCUCUGGAGUAUGUUCAACUCCCCGAAGAGGAAGAAACAGGCGAAAUCCGCUUAGACGAACCACCAGUUCAGGAUCUGGGCGAAGGCGAAGAGGGCGAGGAAGAAGAAGAAGAAGACGAACAUGAAGAGCAUGAUCACCACGAUCAUGAUGAUGACGCUGAACCAGAGCAUCCAGCUGCUGGACCAAAAAAGAAGCUAACCAAUCAAUUUAAUUUUUGCGAAAGAGCUGCUUUAACUUAUAAUAAUCCAGUUCGAUCUCAAGGAACUCAAACUACUCCACCACCUAUUGAAAUAUAUUCUGGAAAUGUUUUGCAAUGGAUCAUUUACGAUGCAUACUUGAUAGAUUUUGCGGAACAAGAAGCAGAGAGGGAACGCGAAAGGUUGCUUAAAGAGAAAGAUAAAGCGCCAGUUGGUAAACAUGGAGCAGGUCCGGUUAAAAGAGCAGGACCGACAGCAGCCGAACUUACACAAGGGCGAAUAUAUGAAGCUUGGAAAGUUUUAGAGAGAAUGUUAAACCAAAAUACCUACAAUGAUAUUGCAAAAGAUUAUAGAUACUGGGAAGAUCCAUCUGAUGAAUUUCGAGAGGAAGUAGGAACACUUCUCCCACUUUGGAAAUUCGUUUACGAAAAAACCAAAACGAACAACAUUACAGAUAUUCUCUGGAAUCCUUGGUACUAUGAUUUAUUUGCAGUAUGCUACGGAUUUUUUGAUUUCACAAAACCGGUAAUCAAUGGAGCAUUAUGCUUAUUUACGAUUAAAAAUCCUUCAUUUCCCGAACACAUUUGCAUGACCCAAUCGGCCGUAAUGUGCGUAGAUAUCCACAAAAAGUUCCCUUACAUGUGCGUAAUAGGAUUAUACGAUGGCAGUGUUGAGGUUUAUAAUGUUCAAGCGUCGUGCAGAAUACCGGCAUUUAAAAGUAACGCCGUCACGAAUAAACACUCCGGAAUCGUGACGGAGGUAAAAUGGGCGCCCGAUCUUCCUGACGGAGAAUUGAAUUUUUAUUCAGUCGCCGGCGAUGGCAAAGUUAAUAAUUGGAUACUUAUGCUAAAUACUCUUUCGGUAACAACAAUAACCACAAUGUAUAUGGAAAAAGAUCCCGUUCCCGGGCCAGAUGGAACAUUUCUUAAAAUCAAGUCUUGUGCUACGUGUUUUGUAUUCCAUCCGAAACAGCCUUUGAUUUUUUACGUCGGUACUGAGGAAGGAUUAAUUUAUAAAUGUAAUACACAUUACAGCUCUACGUAUCUCUUAACAUUAAAAGCACAUCAUGGUCCCGUUUAUCGCAUAGAUUUUAAUAAAUAUAACACCGAUAUAUUUAUAUCGUGUAGUGCCGAUUGGAGAAUGAAAAUAUGGGAAGAUAAUCGACUAGAACCUCUUUACGUGUUUGAUAUUGGUGCAAGUGUUGGUGAUGUAAAAUGGGCGCCUUAUUCAUCAACAGUUUUCGCAGGGGCUUGUGCAGAUGGAAAAGUAUACGUUUACGAUUUAAACGUGAAUAAAUACAAACCAAUUUGUAUACAAGCGGUUGUAUCUAAAAAAAGAAAUAAGUUAACUAGGAUUGAUUUUAAUUACAAACUUCCUUUUAUAAUAGUUGGAGACGAUAAAGGGUGCAUAACAAGCUUAAAAUUAUCGCCAAAUUUACGCGUAAUGUGUAAACCACCGAAAAAGCAACAAUAUUUGGAUCAAUGGACGUUGCAAUGUAUGAAAUUAGACAAAUUAUUAUCGUUAGUAAGAGAACCGGUUACAUUAACAUUACCGCCAGAUACUUCUACUACAAAAGCUUCCUAAGAAUAGCAAGAAGGAGAAUCAUUUGUAUACGAUUUUUAUUUACAGAAAUAUUAGGUGUACAAGAAAGUAUUUUACAACCUAAAUAUACUCAAUCAAUAUUUUUUUAUAAUU